AUGUCUUGCGCUUCAAACGUAGUUCUUGUUUGGCUCGAUGUAAGUAUUGGUCAACCCAAUCAUUAUCCAACAUUAAAAGAAGCUUUUUCAAAAACUUUACAUCCAGAAUGGGUAUCUUCACCAUAUCCUAACUAUACUAAUCUUUAUAAUCUGAUAGAAACUAAUUUCAAUGCAAAAUCAUAUUCGUAUAAAAGUAAUGCCAUUGAAAUGUAUGCAUUCAGUAAUGCAGAUGAUUAUUUUCAUUAUUUACAAAAGAAAAACGACAAACAAAUAUUUGUAAUCAUGUCGGGUCCUUCAUGUGAAAAUUUUCUACUAAAAUCUAUUGAAAAUUAUGCAGACGUAUUUCAAAAUCCACUCGAAGAUCAGCGCAUCUCAUUUUAUGCACUAUGUAGCAAUGUUUUUAAGAUGAAAAAACAGCUAAAAAAUAAUCAACAUCAUGUACAAAUCUUCAGUACUGAAACUGCUCUUUUAGCCCGAUUAACAAAUGCUAUCGGAGACUAUUUCGUUCUUCUUGGACGAAAACAAUUGCAUGAUAAAACUUAUAAAUCUGUUUCUCAAGCUGUCAAAUACUUUUGUUGGGCUAAUACACUCUUCGUGAGAUCUAAUGAUUAUGAAAAAUAUACGACAUCAGGCGAUCGUAUAUCAAUUGUGGAUGAAUAUAUUACGAAGGCCAAACGAUUACUUGAACAAGUAAGAAAUGAUAAUGAUGAUAUUGAUCAAUAUAUUGCUUAUGGUGAUACAUAUAUGUUAAAUGAUAUGGAAAUAACUGAAUUUGACCAGGAAACUGAAUGGAAAGAUGCAUUGACUUUUAAUGAAAGUAUUAUGGCAGAGACUGAAAACAAUGUCUGUCCAUCAGAAUAUUCAAACACAACCUUAUCUACUUUUGUAGAAAAGAAGCCAUUCGAAAAAACAAAUAGUGUUGGUAUUGCCGUCUUUCUUCUUAAGCCUUCGUUUUCCAAAGAAACUUUUCAAAAUAUCUCAACAAUUCUAAUACAACUGUUCGAUAAAAAUUUGAUGAUUAUACAAGAAGAACGAGAUUAUGAGCAACUACUGAAACCAUCUGAUUUAUCAUUUAUCAUUUUAUCACUUUCGACUAAUGAUGAUAAAUUAUUGUUGAAAAAAUUAUGUUCACUUAACCCAUCUCCAUCAAUUUAUCUAUUAGGAUCACAGCCUACUACUGAGAAAGAGAAGGAAAUGUUCUUUAGAGAAUAUCAUUCUAUCUGUGACAUGUCAAACAAUCCAAAUGAAUUGGCUGUACGAAUGGCAAUUGAUGUGGCAAUGAAAAAUCGAAUUUUCGCCGAUCGAUAUGUUGGAAAGCAGAAUAACAACAAUGCAGUGAAAAACUAUGAUCAGUGUAUUGAAAUAUUAAAUCGAUUGGGUGAUUUUGCUGAACAAGCGUCAACAAUGGAGACUGAUAGAAGCGACGUCUAA